UCCCAAAGGACACAGCUUGUGGAGAUGGAAUUCCCAGGCAAAAAUGAAGUUUGGGAUGCAAAUAGGAGAUUUUCUCUUGUCCACCAACAUUUUACUGUCUGGCAAUAACUAUGCAAAGGUUGCCCUUUUGUUCAAAUUUAUGAACAUGGGGAUGGUGAACAAGAACACCUUCUUCUCCAUUCAGGACAGUUACUGUGUUGACACCAUAAAAGACUUCUGGGAAGAGAGGAGGAGUGAGGCCCUCAGUUCCCUUCAAGGGAAAGAUGUUGUUGUUCUAGCGGAUGGAAGAAAUGACUCACCAGGCCACUGUGCACAGUACUGCAGCUACACCACCAUGGAGAAUGACACCAAAGAGAUCAUUCAUGUUGCCACCAUUGACAAGCGGCACACAUCCUGGAACUCUGUUGUCAUGGAGAGGGAGGGCUUUAUCCAGACUGUAGACAAGCUAACAUCAGAGAUAAAGCUUGUAGAGGUCUGCACUGAUGCUCAUGCCCAGAUUGGGGCCCUUAUGAACCCAGAUAAAGGCAAAUACAAGGCACUUGGAAUUCAUCACAGUCUGGACAUGUGGCAUGGUGCCAAAAACCUGGCUAAAAAAAUAGCAGCUGCAGCAAAAAUCAAAGGACAAUCAACCCUCUUUGUCUGGCUGAAAGACAUUGUGAACCAUUUUUGGUGGUGUUGUAAGAUGGCUGACACAACUGAGCAGUUUCUUACACUAUGGAUUGGCAUCACCCACCAUGUGUGCAACAUUCACACAUGGAAAACAGGAAAAUGCGAACAUGGACAUCUGGAAGAACUGCAUGGAAAGGAGUGGAUCCAGAGAGACUCCAAAUGCCACAAAGCUUUAAUAGACAUUAUUCUCAAUAAGCGUUGGCAGAAGAAUGUUCAUAAAUACCUACGCUUCAGAUCAACUGCUGACCUAGAAGCAUUCCAGAACCAUAUUCUGAUGUAUGCCAGCAAGCGUCAUGCUUUCAGUCCCCCAGUUUAUGAGGCAAGAGUUCUGCUGGCUGCUCUUGACUACAACUUCCAUCGGAACCGACCUACAAUGAAAACAGCCGAAGGCAAAGAGAUCUGCAGGAACGAAUUCUUAAAAGAAGACUUGUGACUGAGGUGGGGAUGCCGCGAAGACGGAGCCUUCGACCAGAUGACCCCAGGAGGCUCGGUUUGGUGCCCCCCAUAACUGCACCUGC